GCACCCCUGUUUAGCAAGGAAGGAGUGUAAGCACUUCCGCCACUGCGGGCGAGACGAGAGGACAUCAGAAGAAAGGAAAUGUGGUGAGAGGACACAGAAAAAAGGACCGUUAAUCAAUGAGAAUCGUGUACACGUCGCGAUCCGUUUUAGUGUAGUUAUAGCGUAUCUCAGCAUUAACGUUAUAUCUUUCAGCCUCGCAUGCGUUUAUUGUGAACAGUUUUGAACACCUAACGUAACAUCGUACUCAGCUGAGCUACCGCGCAGCUGGCUAGGAAGCUACUAGCUGGCAAGUCUAACAACGUUAAAGCGCGAGAUGGGUACACGAUCCAGUCGUUUACAAGAAGAGGUUGUGUCGACGACUUUUGAUAAGGACGGACUUAAAAGAGAGUCAUGUCGACGUCUCCGAAGCAACAGGCCCACAAGCCUUAUGGUUGAUUUUUCUGGUAGUUUUGAACAUGAUUCCGAAGCAAAUCGUAGCCGCUCGGAGGAAGGGAGCGACUCGGACACAGGGCAGCAGGCAAGUACCGAAGGAAGCCCCCUCGAUCAUCACAUCUCCCCGUCACUUGACAGUCAGGAUACACCAGCAGAGGAUACCGUCGGCAGCCACGAAGACAACGGCAGUCCCGGAGACGCAAUAAACAAUCAAAUUGUGGCUGGAGAGGAAACAGGCCGCGUUCCUCAUCGCACUUUCUCUGAGCGUUUGCCCGGCGGUCGACACACUCCUGGGCGCAACGUCACUGCUAGAUCCGCACGGGUGAGAGGUGCUCAUUCACGUCCAGUGUCGGAGGCAUGGAUUGGGCUUUACAGAGUGAGCAAUCGACAUGGAACAAUCCGCUGCCCGUUCUGCUCCAAACCGUUCCCUGGAGGCAGGAUUGAGGAACACCUGUUGAGCUGUCUCACCUCUCCCCCUCUUCCAUACAAUACUGACGUCCUGACCAAGGACAGUGGCGAGUGCUCCAUUUGCCUGGAGGACCUGCUGCAGGGUGAGACCAUUGCGCGCCUGGCCUGCCUGUGUGUCUAUCACAAGAGCUGCAUUGACUCUUGGUGCAAGGUGAAGCCUUGUUGUCCCGAGCACCCCUUUGAUUGAUUUAUUUGUGCCCUGCCAUCUCUGACUUAGGAGCACAGUCCUGGCCAGAUUCAAGACAAAACAAGUGAUGGGGCAGCAAGAAAUACGGGAGAUUGACAUCAUUUUUUUUUUUUUAGCUGACACUGAAAAUUUCUGCUACCACCAAAACAGAAUCAACUCCCUUCUGGCUUGGCUGUGAAAACCCUGGCUUUCUUCUCCCCUCCAGUGGUGCUUGCUGGGAACAAGGGCUUUGGGGGGAGGGGAGGGUGGUGGCACAUCUGCUCUGCUUGCCUUUCCUGGGACAUGGCCUCUCUAAAGCUCUAUAAAACAAACAAUCAAAGGUAACUGAAAAGCAAACAGUGGGUAUGGGCUUACAGGUACGUCACCUACGGCAAUCUGACUGCUAAGGUAUGUGACCUCCCAGGAGAGAGCGAGGUAUGGAGAGGGUGGUUUACUCUAUAUGGGAUUACAUCAUGAGAUGCGUCAAGCUGUAGAACUCUGCUGAUAUGACCGUGUCCGGAAAACUGUUUCUUUGGUUGGGUGUCAGAUCCACAUGGACCACUGAGCUGAGAGUUAGAUGCGUAAAUAUUGCAUUCGCAUGAUACUGAGAAUGCACCACUACGGGGAGUUUUUCAAAAUGGUUGCUGGCGAGCCCGUGGGAGGUUGGGGGUGGGAGAUAUUUUUAGUUGGUGACGGUUGUGGGGGUUUUUGUGUGUGUUAUUUUUUUUUUUUAACUCUAGCGACCCUGAACACAUUUCAUAAGUGGAGUGUCAUUUCACAUGGUUUUGACUUGCAAAAUGGCGGCUUGCUCACGGCGGUUUUUGAACGUAGAGAUUGAAAACGUUGAUCAGUUGGCUGUGUUACACAACCGGGAUCCCAAUACACCCAAGAUCAAGUGGUUUGGACGCUUUAAGUUGGUUGGUGUGGAAGUGCCCUUGCGGAAAUCUCUCUGGAGAUCAAUCUAGCUCCGCAGAGCUGUGUGCCGAGCAGGGGGAGGUGGGGGAAUGGGAGUGGGCUGCACGGACGAGUGGGGCACACUGGUGUCCUUAUGAUUCCAGUCAGCUCUGGACUGCCUCGAUGGAGCAUUUUUUGUUUUCUCCGGCGAAGAAGAACGCCCAUUUGGAGUUCCUGACCGCUGACUUACCUAAAACCAGUGACUCCCUCUUGCUCUUGUCUGUGUUCUGUUUUUGGGAGAGGAAUAGAGGAGUUCCCAUCCCUUCUCAGCCUCUGUCUCUUGCUGUGUUUCCUGUAUGCUUGUGGAGAAGCACAUUACCCCAGCCCCCACCCUGUAGCUAGUUGGGUUCAGCAGUGGGGAGUUUUCGGCAUGUUUUAGCACCACGUCAUGGCUGCUCUGCUAUGAGGAUGGACAUCAGGAACAGCUGGGGGGGGUGUUGUAGUGACUUUGGUCCCACCCCCUUGCAGUUCCCAAGCAGCCCUGGCUUCUGUUUCAAAAUGCUGCCCCUCCCAUGAAAUUUGUGAGACACAAGGAAUGGAGGAACAGCAUUGAAAACAAAUGUUUAAUAAGUAUUAUUGUUGUUGUUGAUAUUAUUAUUCCCUUUGCGAUUGGUCAUAGUCGUGGUCGUCUUCAUCCUUGCAUCGCUUGCCUCUUGCCUCGUGUGCUGCAGUGGAGCGUGCUCUGGUCAGGCUGCGCUCAGAGGUUCUGGCCCUCCCACAGAGGACCACCCUGUGCAUGUUACUAUUUCUCCUCUACUGGAGAACUUGAGAAAAGCCAAAAGUGUGUCUGUUACUGAAUGUCUGCGUGUGUGUGGGAGUGGGAGAGAGGAGGGACAGAGAGAGUAAUCAUAUGAGAAUCAAUUAUUUUUUUUUGUGACGAAGGCUUAUAUUGCUGGGGGGGGUGGAUGUUAAAAAUGUGGAGAAACUUCUGAUCCAAAGAUGUUUCCCUUGAUGUUUUCAUUUAACUGAUGUGGUGCAAUACCUCACUAUUAUACUAACCCGGGGGUCAGCUAACUCCAAGGGUGAUCAUUUUUGUGGAUUUUUUUUUAGUAAGAAAAGAAAGAGUGAAAUGCGUCGUUGGCGAAUGGUCUCUUUCCUCUAUUAUCUGUAAGGUGUCUGAUGACCAUCAUGGCAUUAAAGAAUGGGGGUGUCGUAAAGAUCACAUUGCCUAUAUCUAAGACAUUGACAAUCUGCCUUCUCUCAGCUAAAGAACAAUUGAGUAUUUAUUUAUUAAAUUGUAAAUAUGUAUGGCAAUUCAAAAUACCUUUGUCUCUUGUUUGUUCAUUUUACUGUUUCUAUGCCCAAAUAUUUUGUAUGUCUGAAAGAGUGUUUUAUAUGUAUUUUUUACAAUAAAUAUGCUUUAUGUGUGAACUGUUAAA